AUGAUGAUGAUGAUGGGCCAGGAUGGCAUGGGCGGAGGUGCAGGCGGGCAGUCGCUGGACGAGAUUGUCAACCAGAACGCGAAGAUGAUCCGGCGACAGAGCGUGCCGCAAGGCUACGGGAGCAGUCCACACCACCUGAACCCAGACAUGCGACGCAUAUCGAUGAUGGACUACGGCCAAGGCUCGCCUGCCGCCUCGGUGGCCAGCUUCACCUAUGACCCCAAUUCGAGCUUUGAUCACAGUGGCAUCGCCUCGGGCGGCGUCACUCCCGCGCGUGCUGUUCAACAACCACGCCAGGCCCAACACACUCGCCGGCCCUCUGCCGCCGACCUGGCCUUGGAUACCAAUUUCACCAACACCACCAACAAUUACCACCAUGCUGCUAUGCCGCCCAACACCGCUUACGACGCCUCGCCUGCCCACCCAGCCACGACAGUAGAUAUGAACUUGGAUACUGACCAGUACCUCGACUCCGGCAUGGCCAUGAAUAUGGACUUCAGCGUAGAUCAAAAUCUCGCCAAUGCCAUGUCCCAGGAAAACAUGCACAUGCCCCUCUACAACCAAGCCCAAUUCAACAGCCAUUCAGCCCUCAGCUCCCCCAUGCAUCCGCAGGCGCAACAAGGCACGCCCCGAUCGGGGAGAAUGUCUCAACACGAUCAAGGAGGAAGAAGCCAGUAUGGGAGCGUGAGUGGUGCCGGCUCUGCACACCCGACUGUUCGCCAAUUAUCGCGCACGCAAAGCUUGCACAUCGCGGAUCACAUGAGUCCUGCUGGGCAUGCUUCAUCGCCCUUGAGCGCACCUCCCGCAUCUGCUCCUCGAAUGUUGCCCCAAGAGCAACCACAAGUGCCAACUCACAUGGCACAACCCGGCUUCGCUAAGCAGCCCCAGAACCCAGCCACUGGCAGUCAAUUUGACCGAGGAGUGAACCGGCCUUCGCAGCAAGGCUACGAUGGCAUUAAUGGCCCGGUCCCCAUAGAUCGCUCCAAAUAUAAUCCAAACAACCAAAACUUCCCAUGGGAAACCCCGGAAGGGGGAUGGCCGUCCACCAUGGUGGGCAAACCACACACCAGCUCCAUCUACAAAAAUGCUUAUUCUUCCACCGGCUUCGAUAUGCUUGGCGUCUUAAUGCGAGUGGCCACUCGUCCCAAUCCCGAGAUCAACAUUGGCUCUGUCGACUUGUCGUGUGCCUUCGUCGUUUGCGAUGCCGAGAAAGAUGACUUUCCCAUAGUCUACUGCUCUGAGAACUUCGAAAGACUGACAGGAUACACGAAACAUAUGAUUCUCGGCCGCAAUUGUCGCUUCCUUCAGUCGCCCGAUGGUCAAGUGGAACCGGGAAUCCGUCGCAAGUAUGUCGAUGAUGAUUCGGUGUUGUACCUGAAAAACAUGAUCAACCUGAGGAGGGAAUCGCAAAUAUCGCUCAUCAAUUAUCGACGUGGAGGUCAGCCUUUUAUGAAUCUGCUCACCAUGAUCCCCAUCACCUGGGAUACCGAGCAGGUGAAGUUCUUCGUGGGCUUUCAGGUCGACCUGGUGGAGCAGCCGAAUGCCGUCACGAACAAGAAUCCCGAUGGUUCGUACUCCAUAAAUUAUCAGCGGGGCAUGACCAUGCCUCGCUAUGUCAUGAACGCUCCAGACACCUCAAACAAAACCGACCUGGGCCAGACCGUACCGCGUGAUGAUGUCUCCGCUAUCCUGAGCACCAUAGGCAGCGGCGAGUCCGAGUAUGCGAAGCGGAUGUGGGACAAAGUUCUGCUGGAGAACACCGACGACGUUGUGCACGUUUUAUCCCUCAAAGGACUGUUUCAGUGGAUCUCGCCAUCCGCGCUGCGCGUUCUGGAAUACGAGCCGACUGAGAUCAUUGGCACAGCUCUCAGCUCUCUGUGCCACCCGAGUGACAUUGUGCCGGUGACUCGUGAGCUCAAAGACACUUCUACAGGAGCUACGGUCAAUGUGGUUUUCCGAAUCCGACGCAAGAACAGCGGCUACGUGUGGUUCGAAGGCCAUGGAUCUCUUCACACCGAGCAAGGCAAAGGCCGCAAAUCGAUCAUCAUGGUUGGUCGCGAAAGACCCGUCUAUGCGCUGAGUAAGCACGAAAUUGUCAACUCUGGUGGCAUUGGUGAGAAUGAGCUAUGGACCAAGAUGUCCACUUCGGGCAUGUUCUUGUUCGUCUCGUCCAAUGUACGCCAAUUGCUGGAUCGCCAACCGGAUGAGCUUGUCGGCAUCAGCAUACAGUCUCUAAUGCGCAGCGAAAGUAAGACUGAGUUUGGCCGAAUUUUGGAGCACGCUCGAACUGGUAAGAAAGCGUCCAUCAAGCACGAGAUGAUCAACAGGAGGGGUCAGGUCUUGUCCGCAUUCACGACUUUGUACCCUGGUGAUGCCACUGAGGGCCUCAAGCCCACGUUCAUCGUAGCACAGACGAGGUUGAUCAAGUUCUCGCGAGCGCACCACUCCAGUCGACCGCCACUGUACCCCAAGAACGACCGAGCGUCCUCGGGUGACGGCAUGCCAUCUAACGCAGGGCUUGGAUCAACUGACGGCGAUGUGACGCCUGCUUCAAAUGCGACGCCAAAUAGAUACACAACCACUGAUGGAUCGGCGGCCACUUAUUCGGGCGUGAAUGGCUUGGUGAUUGGUCGUCAAGACCAGUCUUUGGCAUCAGAGGACAACCUGUUCGACGAACUCAAGACCACCAAAUCUUCCUCAUGGCAAUAUGAGAUUCGACAAUUGGAGAAGCGCAACCGAAUGCUAGCUGAAGAAGUACAAUCCCUCAUUGCAGCCAAGAAGAAGCGUAAGAGAAGGAAAGGCGCCGGUAACCAGCAGAAAGACUGCGCCAACUGCCAUACUCGCGUCACGCCUGAAUGGAGGAGAGGACCGAGCGGCCAGAGAGAUCUCUGCAACAGUUGUGGUCUUAGAUGGGCCAAAUUGAACGGCCGAGUCAGUCCACGCACUUCAAGUCAGCAAAGUGCGCACUCGGGCGGCGCUUCAGAUAAAGCUAGCAACGCCAGUCCGCGACACCAAUCUAUGGUCGGCAACGCUCCUUCCAUGGCCAAAGAGGACGCCACAAGUCCGAAGAACAAGAUUUCCAUGGAGCACUCGAGUAGCAUGGAAGGCGCGAGCGGUGUGCCUGAUAAGAUCGACGAAGAAGAUAUCGAACCUGAUUGAAUGGAUGUGCGUACACACGUGGUGAAAGAGGAAGAAGAGAACAGUUUCUGCUUUUUUGAGCAUGGCGUUGUCGGCCACAGUCCAUUUGGUCAGGUUUCAGCAUUCAUCAUCAUAAUCGUCUUCACGAGAGAGGGGUUGGGCCAGGCAGCCAGGGGAAGAAGCAGCAAGUCGCAUCGCACAGAUUAACCCAGAGAUUUGCCUGGGGGCGCGGCGCAUUUUGGAACCAUUUUGUUUUUUCACAUUCUUGCAGGUGACGGAAAGACGUGAUACCCCUCGAUUUUUUUGGCCGCUUUUUGGGACGGACGGAAAACAGGAAGAAAGAAAGAAUUAUCUCUAUCUGCUGGAGAGAGAUAUCAUUAUGAUUUUACGAAUAUCUUUUACAUUUUGAUAACUGAGAGAGAAAGAGAGAAAGAGACGGACGGGACGAGAUAGGAAAGCCAAGAAGUCGUAGCUUGUUGAAGUGGAGAUUCUUUUGGCGAGGCGCGAGGCCCUGGUCGAGUUGAGGACAAAGCCAACCCAAAGCAAAGCAAAGCAGAUGUCUUGCGUUUUUGAGUUUAUGCUGUAUGUCUCGAGCGAUUGAGCAAGCAAGCAAGCAAGCUAUGGACUGUGGAGUGAGGGAUGGGAUGGUAAUUUGGAUGUGUGUGUGUGUGUGUGUGUGUAAGAGUGUGAGAGAGAGCAGUGCGUAUCGUAUAUACAAAUGAAAGGAGUGGAUGAAGCUGUGCUUCGUUAUU